CACCUUCACUUGCAUGACUUUGAAAUUCUAAAAUUUUUUGUUUGUAGUUUCAAAAUGCCGUCUUUUAAAGUGAAAGUCAAAUGGGGCCGUGAGCUGUAUCCAGAUAUUGAUGUCAAUACUGAUGAAGAGCCCAUACUAUUUAAAGCUCAACUUUUUGCGCUGACGGGGGUUCAACCGGAACGUCAAAAAAUAAUGUGCAAAGGUGGAAUACUUAAGGAUGAUGAAUGGAAUUUGCAAUUAAAAGAUGGAGCUGUAGUCCUGUUAUUGGGUUCUAAGGACAAAGUUCCAGAAGUUCCCCAAACACCAAUUAAAUUUAUUGAAGAUAUGAACGACGCUGAAGCGGCGACUGCGAUGCGUCUUCCGGCCGGUUUGACCAACCUUGGAAAUACAUGCUAUAUGAAUGCCACUGUCCAAUGUUUAAGAGCGGUGCCUGAACUGCGCAAAGCCUUGGAAAAAUUUCAACCCGAUGGCUCUGAUGCCAGUUCAUAUGCUUUUACUAUUUCAUCGGCUAUGAAAAUAGUGUUUGCCCAAAUGGAGAAGGGCACAACAAUUACGCCAAUUGUUUUAUUGCAAGCCUUACAUCGAGCGUCGCCGCAAUUUGCCCAGACUGGCGAAAAUGGAACCUAUAGGCAGCAAGAUGCUAAUGAAUGUUGGUCGGAAAUACUGAAAAUGUUACAGCAAAAACUUAAACCCAUAAACCAAGAGUCUGUUGAAGUUAAUGAAAAAAAGAAACAUAACUCAUUUAUUGAGCAAUUUUUUGGAGGAACUUUUGAAGUCCAAAUGACUGCAGAUGAGGCCCCCGAUGAGCCUGCGACAGUUUCCACAGAAAAUUUUUUGCAGCUCAGUUGCUUUAUUUCUAUGGAAGUGAAGUAUAUGCAAAGCGGCCUAAAAUCGAAAAUGAAAGAGCAAUUGGUUAAGAAUUCGGCCACGCUAGGUCGGGACGCACAUUACACAAGAACUUAUUUGGUGAGUCGACUUCCAGCAUAUCUUACUGUCCAGUUUGUCAGAUUUCAAUAUAAAGGAAAGGAAGGCAUUAAUGCUAAGGUCUUGAAAGACAUUAAAUUUCCAAUUGAUUUUGAUGCCUUUGAGUUGUGCACACCUGAUUUGCAAAAUAAGUUGUGCCCGAUGCGAUCCAAAUUUAAAGACCAUGAAGACAAAAAAGUGGAUGUCGUGUCGCAGAUAAAUAAAACUGCAAAAUCGCCGGAUGUCGACGAAGAGAACGAUGAAAACAAAUAUGAACAAUUCUGGUUUGACGACGAUUUGGGCAGCAACAACUCUGGCUAUUAUACACUAAAAGCAGUCUUAACUCAUAAAGGUCGCUCAAGUUCAUCUGGCCAUUAUGUGGCCUGGGUACGUUCAAAUGCCGAUAUUUGGUAUAAGUUCGACGAUGACGAUGUAACAUCUGUUACCACCGAUGAAAUUUUGCGACUUUCCGGCGGUGGUGACUGGCAUUGCGCUUAUGUUUUGUUGUAUGGGCCUAAGCGUUUAGAGAAGUGCUAGUAUGCUGCAUAUUUUUUCUAUUCAGGUUUGCAAACUGAUUGUUAAUCCAUUUUAUAAAUCUAUAUGAUUAAAGAAAAAGUAUAUGGUAGCAUAAAA